AUGAAAUCAGCCCAAAUAAGGUACCUUUCUUCGCAGAUAAACCGCAAGACUGUAUCCAUUAUCGGAUCGGGUCCUUCUGGCUUUUACACGGCAUAUCAUUUACUUAAAAAGUCGCCAAUUCCGCUGGAUGUUACAAUCUGGGAAAAACUGCCUGUUCCUUUUGGGUUAAGUAGAUAUGGUGUAGCACCUGAUCAUCCAGAGGUCAAAAAUUGUGAAGAGACAUUUACAACAUGCGCAGAAGAGUAUUCUAUACCCACUAACAAAAAGCAUAAGCUUUCCUUUGUUGGUGGUGUGACCGUUGGGAAAGAAGUAACAUUAGAAACCUUGUUAAAUAAUCAAGAUGCUGUUGUUUUAAGUUAUGGUUGUACAGGUGAUAAGAAGCUAAAUAUCCCAGGUGAACAGGGGACAAAGGGGGUCUUCAGUAGCAGAGAAUUUGUUAAUUGGUAUAACGGUCAUCCUGACUUCGCAAAAGACAAGAGGUUUACCGAUUUUGAUUGGAGUAGAGUCUCGAAAGUUGGAAUUAUAGGAAACGGUAAUGUUGCCCUUGAUAUCACGCGUGUGCUGAUCAGUAAUAAGAUUGACGAAAUAUGGCAAAAUACGGAUAUAUCACCUAUUGCAUUAAAUUUGGUAAAAAAGGCACCUGUAAAGAACAUUAAACUAAUUGCAAGAAGAGAUUUCGUGCAUUCUAGAUUUACCAAUAAAGAAUUAAGAGAAUUAUGGGAACUGGAAAGGUAUGGUGUCCGCGGUUGCAUUGAUUCUAAAUUUUUCCAAAAGGAUAUGUUCGAUUCAUUUAAAUCCGAUCGUGCGUUCAAUAGACGAGUGGAAAUGUGUAGCGAAUAUCUCAAACCGUUUGGUGAACGUUCGAAGAAAAAUUACAAGAAAGCACCUCCCCCAACUAGUGGGUGUAACAAAUUCUGGGAGCUGGAUUAUCUGAAGACUCCCUUGGAGAUAAACCAGGACGAAAGUGGUGUAAUCAAGUCGUUAACCCUGUGUAACAACCAGUUAAAGGAAGAUAACAGUUUAAAACCUUUGAAGGAUUCAAACAAUAUAUUGACGUAUGAUAUGGAUUUACUAAUCACAUCGCUAGGGUACGCUGGUGUCCCAAUGCACGAAUUUUCCAAGCUGUCUAUCCGCUUUGAUAGAGACCAUGUGGCUAAUAAACAGGGUCGUGUUUUAACCGUUGCUGGCGAAGUCUUCCCGCAUUUGUACGCGUCUGGUUGGAUUCGCAAAGGGAGCCAGGGUGUUAUUGCCUCGACGAUGCAAGACGCUUUUGAGGUCGGUGACAGAGUGAUACAAGACUUAUCUGUCAGUGGGGCGUUAUCCUCUGAGAAAUCCAUUGAUCUCUCUAACAUCAAGCAUACUACAUGGGCAGACUGGGAAAGAAUUAACAAGAAGGAGUUGACUCGGGGCCAAAAGGAACACAAGCCUCGAUCCAAGUUUCUAACACUCGAAGAACUAUGGCAUAAUGUAGAAGAAGUUUAG